AUGCCUUUUUUUCUCUCCGCUUAGUCUGAUAGCAAAUACCCCAGCGCCAGUUCGCGGAUACCCCUAAGUCAACCCCGACGGAAGAGAGGCGGCGGGACAGGUGAGUCGCGGCGUCCCGCCUCCGGGGUGAAUUCAGAAAAAAAGCAAGAUGUCAGACACAGGGAAUGGCACAGAUGGGAAAACCGAUAUGCCUAACGGAAGCUUGUCCAGCAGCCCGGAAGAGAUGUCUGUAACCACGGAGGGGCCUGAGACGUCUUCCGGGGUGGAGGUGGAAGCUUCCGACCUGAGCCUCAGCCUCAUGGGAGAGGAGGUGGGGCCCAGCCAGACUUACACAGGAAGCUCUGCCGAGGAGAAGGACUCGGACAGCAUGGAGGACACAGGCCACUACUCCAUCAACGAGAUGAAUCGGACCUACGACCGCUCCCACUCCGAGGAGGAGGAGGAGGAGGCGGCGGCGGAGGAGGAGGAGGAAGAGCAGCAGCAGGAGGAGGAGGUGGAAAUGGAGGCCCAGCGCUUCUGCUGGCGGCCGCAGCGCAAGCGCCCCAACCAGGACAGGGACUCCUCUGACGACGAGCGGGCCCUGGAGGACUGGGUGGCCUCGGAGACGCUGGCGCUGCCCCUGCCACGCUGGCGAGCUGUCCAGGCUCUGCGGGAGAGGGAGCUCGGCUCCGGCGCCCGCUUCAUCUACGACGCCUGCGGUUCCCGGGUCUUCGUGCAGCGCUUCUGCCUGCAGUACAGCCUGGAAGGCCACAGUGGGUGCGUCAACACCUUGCACUUUAACCAGCGCGGGGCCUGGCUGGCGAGUGGCAGCGACGACCUCAAAGUGGUGGUGUGGGACUGGGUGCGGAGGCAGCCGGUGCUGGAGUUUGAGAGCGGCCACAAGAGCAACGUCUUCCAGGCCAAGUUCCUCCCCAACAGCGGAGACUCGACCCUGGCCAUGUGUGCUCGGGAUGGCCAAGUCCGGAUCGCCGAACUCUCGGCCACCCAGUGUUGCAAGACCACGAAGCGGGUGGCCCAGCACAAGGGCGCGUCCCACAAGCUUGCCCUGGAACCAGACUCCCCCUGCACUUUCCUAUCAGCGGGCGAAGACGCUGUUGUUUUUGCCAUUGACUUGAGACAAGACCGACCAGCUUCGAAAUUGGUCGUGACGAAAGAGAAAGACAAGAAAGUUGGUCUCUACACCAUUUAUGUGAACCCAGCCAAUACGCACCAGUUUGCUGUUGGAGGCAGAGAUGAAUAUGUCAGGAUCUACGAUCAGCGGAAGAUUGACGAAAAUGAGAAUAAUGGGGUGUUGAAGAAGUUUUGCCCCCACCACCUGGUGAACAGCGAGUCGAAAGCCAACAUCACCUGCCUGGUCUACAACCACAAUGGCUCAGAGCUCCUGGCCAGCUACAACGACGAGGACAUCUAUCUCUUCAACUCGUCUCACAGCGACGGAGCGGAGUAUGUUAAGAGAUACAAGGGCCACCGCAACAAUGCCACAGUGAAGGGUGUCAACUUCUACGGCCCCAAGAGCGAAUUUGUGGUGAGCGGCAGCGACUGCGGCCACAUCUUCCUGUGGGAAAAGGCCUCUUGCCAAGUUGUGCAGUUCAUGCAAGGCGACAAAGGCGGAGUGGUCAACUGCUUGGAGCCUCACCCUCACCUCCCGGUUCUGGCCACCAGCGGCUUGGAUUACGAUGUCAAGAUUUGGGCCCCCAUUGCAGAGAUGCCCACCCAGCUCACUGGCUUAAAGGAGGUGAUCAAGAAGAACAAGCGGGAGCGUGACAAGGACAGCCUGCAUCACACGGACAUGUACGAGAGCCACCUGCUCUGGUUCCUGAUGCAUCACCUUCGACCUCAGCAUCACCGGCGCCAGAGGGAUCCGGGCACCGGACCGGCCGACAGCGACUCCGACGACUCCCUCAGCUCGUCCGACACCUUGGACGAAGACGAGGAGGGCCCGGAGCGGGUGCAAUGCAUGCCUUCCUGAGACCCCGAAGACGAGGAAAAGGCUGCGGGGGCGCUUGGAAGGGCGAAGAGCCUGCCCUGUUGAAUUAGCACCCUUCUCCCUGCUUUAGAUGAGAGACCUGCCCCUCUCCCUGCCUGCCAGCCCUGGUUAGCAGGGAGACUGGCUUGGUGCGGCUCCCACCCCUGGACUUCGCUCUUGCAGCGGGGAGGGGAGGAGAGGGGAGGGGGCGGCCCCCUUCUCUCCCUUUCAGCCUCGGCUGCCUUUUUCUUCUCAGCACCAGAUUUCCCAGAGGUGGGGGGCCGGAUGCCUCACUGCAGUUGCCACCCAUUCCCUGCGAAGCUUCUUUGGGGGGGGGGGGUGAGCGGGCCUGUUUCCUCUCCUCUCCUGAAAGUGGGGGGGGG